GUAAUGCUUCCCUUCAUCCAGUGCUGCUGGGGCUCUCCGCCAAACACGGAAUACACUGUCAACACAGAAAUAUGGCUGCCUCUUCUACGGGAAAGGCGAAUAACAACGAUAACGCUAAUACCGGCAGUCUGAACUGUGACGGAGAAGCUCCGCCGCAGUCUCGGGAAAUAAUAAAGCCCACCGUCAUGGAGCUGACCAAAGAAGUCAGGACGAACAUCCUCUGCACCGUGGAAGGAUGUGGCAAGAUUCUGCCCAACACACCUGCACUGAACAUGCAUCUUGUUAAGUCGCACAGAAUAAAGGACGGUAUUGUCAAUCCCACAGUCAGGAAGGACAUGAAGGGCUCUCAGAAGCUUUACUGCUGUCCUAUUGAGGGUUGUCCCAGGGGGCCUAACAGACCCUUCUCCCAGUUCUCCCUGGUUAAGCAACACUUCAUGAAGAUGCAUGCGGAAAAGAAACAUAAGUGCUCUAAGUGCAACAAUGGCUACAGCACAGAAUGGGACUUAAAGAGGCACAUAGAAGACUGUGGAAAGACCUACCACUGUACAUGUGGCUGCCCCUAUGCUAGCAGGGCUGCUCUACUCUCACAUAUCUACAGGACAGGUCAUGAGAUUCCUACAGAACACAGAAUUCCCCCAGUAAAAAAGCGAAAGAUGGAGAAACUGUUAAGUGGUUCUGAAAAGGUUCAAACUAAUGAUUCAACCUUCCAGAUCGUACCUGCUCCUAAAGAGCCGAAAGACACUUCUCUCCCUCUUGAUCCAACCGUUACUAUCCCAGACUCCAGGAGGAGUCUGCAGAAGUUGCUCCUACCAAAACCCAAGAUGGCUUUAGUUAGUGUUCCUGUGAUGCAGGUGGCUCAUUUACCUGUCCUCCUUCCAUCUACAGAAAGUGGGGCUCUUAGGUCUGUAGUGCUUGCUGUAGAUAGCCAAGGCUCUGUGAGCGCCCUUCAGCUCCUGCCACAAGCCUCGGGAGCCGUGGUACCCCAACUUGAUGCUAAAAGUUUGGGUUUCAAGGACAGCAUGCCUACAUCCCGCUCUAGCCAGGGGCCUGUUAGCACAGGGGUCCAAGUCAGUCUGGAUCCUGUAGGUGCAGAGGAUUCAGCCAUCAGCGUGGCAGCACCGCGAGGAAAGAGCACUUCUACCAAUAUUCAGACAGACAAAUCAUACUUGUCAAAAAUGCCCACAGGAGUAGUGGUUGGGGAGGGAAUAGGCUUGUGCUCUGUGGGUGAGUCCUCUGUGUCUUCCUGCUCCCAAACAGACAUCAGUGUCAGUGCCCAAGUCCUUUUGCCAGUCAGUGUUGAAACCCAAACAUUCUUCUCCCGAGCCAAAGCCACAUCGUCUAUUGGAGCUCAAACAGAUAGCCAGUGCCUGAGCCAAAUUCCGUGCUCAUCCUCUUCUAUUCUCCCAUUCAAAACCAGGCAAACACAGACAUACUUUGCCAUCCCACAAUCCGAGGAGAAGGCUCAGAACCAGGCUGUCAUGUGCUCAGACCUAUUUGGCAAUGACUCCCUCAAUGUGUCUACCCAAACAACUGUGGACAUAGACGACACCCUUUGUGUUGCAGGAAGCACUAUAUAUGAGGACUCAAAGUCAGAGGGUGGAAUGUGUUUUGGAGUGCAGACACAUGAGCUCAGUGCAAACAAUAUGGCAGACAACCAGACCCAAACAAUGAGUUUGUUAAAUGACUUGGAAAACAUCCUGUCUGACAGCAUGUCAGGCCACCAGGUGCUCACAGAGGCCUCUGCAGGCUGUGGGUCAGGUAUAAGCUCUGUUCAGGAGCAACACAAUGGCAUAGACUUUGAUUUUGAAGAGUUCCUCAGUGCUGUGCAUAUCCAGACACAGACAGAGGAGAGUGAGCUGGGAGGACUGGGUGGUGACACGCCAAUGGAGUCCCUAGACAUUCAGACGCAGACAGACUUCCUCCUGAUGGAUGAACUGGACCAAAGUGAGGGACCAAGCCGAACCCAAGCCAGCGACCUGGAGCUAUUUGAUACUCAGACUCAGACUGACCUCAAUUUCCUGCUGAACGCUGGAAGCCACAUGCCCCUGAGCAGCAUCCUGCGACAUUCAAGCUUUUCUAUGAGCACAGAGUCAUCAGACACAGAAACACAAACAGAUCUCCCUUCAUUUGCCACAGGUCUCUCCGCUCAGACUCCUGUCAGUCAGGGUGAGAAUGCAAGGCUGCUGAACAGCACAGAGACACAGACUGUGACUAGCCAAGCAGAAGGCCUAGGAAACCUGUUCCUGACAAGCAAUGAAACACAAACUGUCAUGGAUGACUUCUUGUCAGCAGACCUGGCGUGGAACAUGGAGUCCCAUUUCAGCUCUGUGGAAACCCAGACAUGUGAGGAGCUUUGCGCUCUGUUUCAACAUUCUGAGAAGCCCAAUAGCUGAAACUUCCUACAGCUUUGAAAUAAAGGUUUCUGAUAUUUGCCUCUUCCUAUAAGAGGAAUUGGUUUACUCUGUCCUCCGGCAGACCAAACCAUCGUCUUAGCAGCAAGAAGUCUGCAGACAUGUUUUCGACCAUUCCACUGGGGGCAUCAUUUCCAGAGCCCUUCUGGGUGUCUAGCCUGACAGCAUUGCUGCACUUUAUUAGCUCAGUGGGCGUGACUUAUCAGCUCCUGUGACAGUUUACAUAUUUAUUUGCACAUAAGGUAACAUUGUAUGUGUCUUGUCUAAAAUGCGAGCUUACUUGUAUAUUUCAGUGUAUAACCACUGUUGCUGGUUUUCACUGUUUGGUCUUAAGAAGUUAUAAAAACACUUAACAGUAAAUAAAUGUUAGCUCUGCACUUAAAAGGGAUGACAUCCUUACUUAUAUAUGGCUGUCAUGAAAGGCUUGUAAAAUUGCUACCUGGUAUUGCAGCUUUCAAUUAUAGAUGUACUGCAGUAAAACAAUCUCAGCUGUACAGUAUACAAUAUUGUACAUUUAGUUUACAUACGUCUGCAGUGUGCAUGAAACCUUUAAGCAGCACAAAAAAUAUAAAAUAUUCAUUCUGUGCAUCUGAAAGCUGCACGUUACCUUGUCAGUGGCAACAAGACAAUUAAAACCCUGACAUCCUGGAAGCUUUGCUGCCAGUUGAAAUCCGUGACAAGUGAGUUGGCGCUUUGUUUUUCAAAUUAAAGGCUAGAGCUGAAGAUGUAUCUUUGAAAUAUAGUGUUAUACAAAUCUGGCACAAGUUAAAAAACAAUGUUUGUCUUGUUGGUUGUUGCGCACCUUGCAUUGAAAUGUGAUUGUGAAGUCUGAUGUUGUGUAAACACUUUUUUUUGUGUCUUGGCCUCAAGCUAAGAAGUCAACUCGAGUCAGUAAGCAGGCUGGGCUGUCAUCGUCUCUGACUUAUUCAUUAGCUGGGUGUAAGUGUAUACAUUAGUAGUACACUGAUGAAGUGAUCCAGUAAUGUUACCAUACAGAAAAACAGUGGAUUAGAGCUAGAAUUAGCAGAGGUAUUGUAUGUGAUUGCCACCUGAUUUUUUUUUUUUUUUUUUUUUUGGACUGAAAAGAGUUACAUUUUAGAUCUUAUUUUCCACACUAAUUAAUUUUUAUCUCCAAGUCACUAAAUUUAACUUUUUGUUUUUAAUAUUUUUCAUUAUACUGUGACCUCAGUUACCUCAUAGGCACCGCAUAGAUUAAGAUAGUGUUUAUUCGUCACAUGCACAGUUAUACACAGUACAAUACACAGUGAAAUGUAUUGCACAGUGAAAUGUAUUAUGUAGAGACUGUGUUCUGCAUGAGAACAUGGAGCUAUAGGCCUUGUUUAUUUGUUCAUUUUGUUGUGUUGGUGCCUUAACCCAAGUAUUAACUUGAGUUCUGUUACAGAUAUUUUGCUGCUUUAAAGUCAUAUUUGUACUAGAAUAUGCCGUGAUUAAUAAACACUGAAAAAUAUCAGAAUCAUUUCAGUCUUUGUUUUGCAUGUUUUAUCUGUUUAGUAUUGAUGUUUUCAUUGUGAUUGCAUGGAAUGUCAGAAUGCUCCUAUUCCAUGUUUGUUUAUGGACAGAUUUAUGCUGUCAUAUGAAAAUAUUCCUUUGCAGCAUUUUAUUGAAAAGAAUUACUUUGAUUCCAUUAUAUGACUUAAAUGGAUGGCUGGUUAAUGUUGUUACACUUAAUGGAUGUUUGUUGAAACUGCAGAAUGUACACAACAUGACACUGUGCCCAAACAUAACAUGCUCUGUUUUUUUUUGUUUUUUGUUUUUGCCCCCCCAAACAAAAACAAAAAAAAAAAACAUGGCUAACUGGUUUAAGGAUCAUUUCUGUAUCUUAAUAAGGUUUCUUACACCUAUUAGAUUUGAACACAUUCUGUUUUUACAGCAGUACUUCUAGCUUUUGAUUCUUAAAUUCAAAUACAGCGUAGCUGUUUCCCUGCAGGUUUAGUGGAAUGGGGGAUCGCCUUGUUUUAAAUGUGUUGAAGUUAUGUCAGUUUCAGGUGUCAGUUACAGUGCUUUACUUUCUCCUUGUAGGGAGUGCAUGCAGAUAUUUUCCAGCACAAAAUAUUUGUUUUCAGCAAAGUUUUUCUGUUGCCUACAUGUGUCAAAUUAAUGGCUGCCUUUAAUUAUUGUUCAAGCUACACUAUAGAUGUUAAUAAACUGCUGGGAAGUGUCUAUUGUGUUAAUUUUGCUUCUUUUUUCAAAAUAAAGGUAGACAAAGUAAUUGAUGAAA